UCUAAUGCUAAUACCACUUUUUGUUUGUCAUUAUAGCUCUGCUGUACAAGCCUAUCGAUCGUGUGACCCGAAGUACUUUGGUUCUGCAUGAUCUUCUUAAACAUACGCCUGCUGAUCACCCGGACUAUCCUUUGCUACAAGAUGCUCUCCGUAUCUCCCAGAAUUUCCUCUCUAGUAUCAACGAGGACAUCGAUCCCAGGAGAACUGCUGUCACAACACCUAAGGGGGAGACCCGGCAGCUAAUUAAAGAUGGGUUCUUGGUGGAACUCUCAGAAAAUUCCCGCAAGCUGCGUCACCUCUUCCUAUUUACAGACCUCCUGCUUUGUGCCAAGCUUAAGAAGGCAGCUGUUGGGAAACACCAGCAAUAUGACUGCAAGUGGUACAUUCCUCUGGCGGACCUGGUGUUCCCCUCUGUGGAGGAGUCCGAGCCCAUCCCUCAACUGCACGCUACACCUGACCAUGAGAUUGAGGAGAUGAAAGCAAAGAUCUCAGUUCUGAAAAGUGAGAUCCAAAAAGAAAAGAAGUCCAACAAGGGAUCAAGUCGUGCUAUUGAGCGACUGAAGAAAAAGAUGUUUGAAUAUGAAUCCUGGCUUCUGCUGUUUUCUCCUACCAUCCCUUUCAGAAUUCACAACAAGAAUGGCAAGAGCUACCUCUUCCUGCUGUCAUCAGAUUAUGAGCGAUCGGAGUGGAGAGAAGCCAUUCAGAAGCUGCAGAAGAAAGAUUUACAAGCAUUUGCACUCAGUUCUUUGGAGCUCCAGGUACUUACUGGGUCCUGCUUUAAGCUGCGAACAGUUCAUAACAUGCCAAUAAUCAGCAAUAAAGAUGAUGAUGAAUCUUCUGGACUGUACGGUUUUCUGCACGUGAUUGUUCACUCUGCCAAAGGAUUCAGCCACUCUGCCAAUCUCUACUGUACAUUAGAAGUGGAUUCCUUUGGUUAUUUUGUCAGCAAAGCUAAAACCAGAGUGUUCCGAGACACUACAGAGCCAGAGUGGAACGAGGAGUUUGAAAUUGAGCUGGAGGGUUCACAAUAUCUGCGAAUCUUAUGUUAUGAAAAGUGCUAUGAUAAAAGUAAGCUCAACAAAGACAACAAUGAGAUUGUGGACAAGAUUGUGGGCAAAGGACAGAUUCAGGUAGGA